UACAUACAUACAUACAUAUGUAUUUGUGUUUAUAGCUAGAUUUAUUUAAUACAUUUAAUGUUGUUAAAAAAUAUACACGAGGGUUUAGCUGUUCCCCAACAAUUUUGCAAUUGUUUUACUGUUAAAGGAGAUUAUUUUUUUUAUCAUUAUUAUGUUGAUGGUGCAAAUGAUAUUGGUUGGGGAUGUGGUUAUCGAUCAUUGCAAACAAUUGUUUCAUGGAUUAUUUGUAAUGAGUUGCAUCAAGGUUUAGGUGGAGUACCAUCAAUACAAUGUAUUCAAAGUAAACUUGUUGAAAUUGGGGAUAAGCAUGAGUCAUUUAUCGGAUCAAAAGAAUGGAUUGGUACUUAUGAAGCUUUCCUUAUCAUAGACACUUUGUAUAAAAUAUCAUGCAAAAUUUUACAUGUUUCAUGUGGCAAAGAACUUUACAAAGUGAUUGAGAUUUUAAAAGAUCAUUUUCAAAACACUGGAUCACCAAUAAUGAUGGGAGGAGACAUAGAUUGUGGCUCUAAAACAAUAUUAGGUAUUUGCCAUAAAGAAGAUGACUGGUGGCUUCUUGUUCUUGAUCCACAUUUUUCUAAAAUGAAAGUCUAUAAUAAGAAACAACUGCAAGAUGAAAGUUGCGUUUAUUGGAAACACUUAAGUACAUUUGAUGAUAGUUCUUUUUAUAAUUUUUGUAUUCCUCUUAGUUUAAAUCAAUAAGAAUUAGAAGUAA